UAAACCGUGGGGCGCUCCCGGGCUAGGGAACGGCGGGGAGGAGUCGCCCUGCUAGUCCUGGAGAGCUUUAAAAUCUCCCACACUGGGGCAGUCCGCGCAGUCUUACCUGCCAGUGUGCAGCUAGUGCACUCACUCUGCGCUCCCGGGAACUCUUGUCUUCUGCGAUGCUGUUGCUUAAUUGCAACCUGGAGGAUGAUGGCCUCAAGAAUUUGCUGGGGACAGGAGCGUCGGUCAACGCACCCCCGGAUCCCCAGGAGCAGUCGCCUGCUCACCUAGCUGCAGGUGGCGGCCUUGCUUGCUUUCUUCUCUGGCAGUUGCAAGCAGGCGCUGACCUCAACCAACAGGAUGUUCUGGGGGAGACUCCACUGCACAAGGCAGCCAAAGUCGGAAGCCUGGAACGCCUUAGCCUCCUUGUGGCCAGUGAUGCCCAGAUUGACUUAUGUAAUAAGAACGGGCAAACAGCUGAAGAUCUUGCUCGGUCGUGUGGAUUUUCAGAAUGUGCCAGGUUUCUAACCACGAUUAAAUGGAUGCAGUUGGCGAAGUCAUCGUGUGACCCCUGUGAUCCGGUGCUUAGACAGAAGCGAAGUGUGACAGGUGUUGAGAACAGAGCUCUGAAGAGGAAGUGCUGAUACGUUGUUGGGCAAGAGGCCCGAGGAAGGCCUUCACUUCAGACAGAUCUACAAGCCAUGGCUGUGGCUUAUCAUAUAGACAAACUCCUGAGGAGGAAAGCUUUCUUCUAAGUGAAGAGACAUUCAUGAAUACAUGUAUUUACCUGACUAUAUUUUGGCUGUGCAUGUUUUGUUGUUUAACUUAUUAAAAGACUA